AAAUCAACCAGCAGAAAGAAUAGAAAAGCACACAAAAAAGCACAACAAGCAAAGCAAAAGCACUUCAAAAGAAGCUCACUUUCUUUUCUUCAAUCCAAAAAAGACACAAACUGAGCUGUCUCUGACAUACACAAACACCCACAAAAAAACAACCUAGUACUACCAAAUAACCACCGAUGGAACAAGAGGAUCCAAUGCCACCCUUCUGGGUUCAAAACACCGACCACCGCAACCGCCGCCAUCUCCGCCGCUCUUACUCUCUACUCCACACCUGCACCUCACUCUCCAUACUCUUCCUCGUUCUCGCUCUCGUCUUCGCCCUCGUCGUGGUCCCCACCUUGCACUCCUUCGCUUCCAACAUCUUCAGACCUCAGGCAGUGAAGCAUGGCUGGGACUCCCUCAACAUCGUGCUUGUUCUCUUCGCCGUCGUUUGCGGCUUCCUCAAUAGAAACGACAAUAACGAGACGCGAACGCCGCGUUCUGACGACCACCGCCAGCUUGAUCACCGGAGAAGCUAUGAGAUCCCUGAAACGCCGCCGCCGUGGUACGAGUACUCGCAUCGACCGUUGAAUAGGUUGAGGAGCUUCGGCUCUGACCCCGAUCUCCGGCAACACUCGCAGUGGGUCGCUGCUGAUGAUAGGUUCCGGUUUUAUGAUGAUACCCAUCUUCUUCUUCGUCACCGGAGUUUGAGACCUGAGGCUGAAGAAGAACUGGUCGUCGAGAACGUGGCCACGGUUACUUCAGUGGAAGUUUCUGAUUUGCCGCCGCAGCAGAAGGAUCCUGUGCCGGAGCAACCGCCUCCGCCGUCUCGGUCUCCACCGCCUUCUCGGUCUCCGUCUCCGCCGCCGGUGACGCGAAGGAAAGCUGUUCGACGAAAUGCCAAGCCAAGACAUCAACCGGAGAUGAUCGAGACGCCGAAAAGUAAUAAUUCAGCUGCCGAGAAUUCUCAACUGCCGCCGCCUCCUCCUCCGCCACCACCUCCGCCGCCACCUCCUCCACCACCGCAGCCGCUAUCAGUGGCAAAGAAGAAGAAAAGAGGGAUGGCAACGAAGGAGUUUUUGACAUCGUUGAGGGGGAAGAAGAAGAAACAAAGACAGAGAAGCGUUGAUAAUUUUGAGAGCAUUCUGAAUUCUGAAUCUGAGCUCUCUCCACAACCGCCACAGUCACCACCGCCUUCAGUUUUUAACAACCUGUUCUCUUCCCAGAAAAGCAAGCACAAAAAGCACUACCUUGUUACUCAUCCUGUGGCAACUCAAAAACCAUGGUUAUCAAACAAGAGAGAGCAUUCUUCUUAUGGCUUGGAAGAUAAUAGGGUGAUGAACACUGGUAAUGAGUCACCCCUGAUCCCUAUACCUCCGCCGCCGCCCCCGCCUCCGUUCAAGUUGCCGGCGUGGAGGUUCCGGGUGCAGGGUGACUUUGUUAGGGUAGAUAGCAUUGGCAGUUCGCGGAGUGGUUCACCGGAUUUGGAUGAAGUUGUGGAGUCACCAACCAGUCAAGAAGAAUCAAGCCAAUCCAAUAGUCCUUGUGCCCCAAAUUCAUUGUUCUGUCCCAGCCCUGAUGUUGAUACCAAAGCUCACAACUUUAUUGAGAACUUUAGAGCCGGUUUGAGGAUGGCGGAGAUGAACUCCAUGAAGGGAAUAGGGAGGUCCAAUCUAGGCCCUUCACCACUCCCUUAAACAAACAGAAAAAAGAAAGACAAGAAACUAGACCAUGUUGAAGUCUUGAAGUUGCAAAACUGAUAUUUACUUUAUCUAUAUCAUUCAUUUGAACAUUUAUUCUGAAAGUGUGUUGUUCAACACAUACAUAGACUUCAAGUUCAUAUAGAGGAAGGGAGGACUAGAUCUCGUGCAAGGGAAUUCUCACAUACAGGUCUUGCAAUAGGGUAGUUUUUAGUUUUGUGAAAUAGCCAGUUGUGGAUGUUGUGAUUGUAAUUUGUAACUCACUGUAUUACUAUUCAAUUCAGACUUGCAUGUA